AUGGAAGAUCAGGAGUUUGCAGGUUGCAUCAGUUGCUUGAGCAGCAACGAUUUAUGCGACCUAUUUGCUGUUUACUCUGUGAAUGAGGACACCUAUGCGAAAAUGUUUGAAACCUGCUUUGAUAUAAAGAUCGAAAACGGAAUGAAGCACAUUUGCUCUAUGUGUAUCGAGAAAUUGGAAAGUUCUUCAGCUUUCAAGCAGCAGACGUUGAAGAACAUAGCUUUCAUUAAAAGCUUAAAAGACGAGGAAUAUCUAGAUGAGACUAUUCUUGAAGAGGAAUUGGGCGAGGAAGACAUCGCUAAAAGUUUACUAAUCACAAACGUAAAUAAUCAGAUUCAGAAACAAAACCAUUCAUCAGAUAUAGAAGACGAGUACGCCGUCCAAUCUCUAGACGAGACCCGCUGCAUAUACUGCCCGCUGCAGCUGUCCUCGGUGGAGGAGGCCCACGAGCACAUCAGGGCGGUCCACGAGCUGGAGCCCAGGACUGGUCUCCCGCUGAAGAAGUGCUCGCUGUGCGGUAUAUCCAUGAAGGAUCCGGCCGAUCAUCUCAACAGAUGCCACACCAUGAACUCUGACGCCGAAGGUAGACAGUAUCCGUGCCAUUUCUGUGAAAACGUCUACAGCACCAAAAAGGCAUGCUUCACACACCUCAGGAUGAAACAUGGAUUGAAACUAGGUAACGCCCAAACUGUCAAAUACGUGCAGCGCGAGCGCAAGAAAUGUCACAUGUGCAGUCGUGAUUUUAGCCAGAAGCAGAUUCUCAACAAGCAUUUACUGAAAGCUCAUGGUUUGGAGGUAGAGAAACGUAAGGCGUUCAGCUGUCCGCUAUGCGAUGAGAGAGUGAGUUACGGAUCUCACUUCAGUUCGCAUCUGCUUCACACGCACAACGUGUGCGAACAAGUUGAACAGCUGGAGUUUUACACUAUGGAUGAUUUCAUGUUAUUCAAGAGUGCAAUCCAAGAGGAGACCAAAUACCGCUUCAGAAAAACCACGGCGAGCAAGCAGACUAUUGAGGGGGUCCGGUCUCAUUACAUGUGUAGCCAGUCGGGGGUAUACGUUUAUCAGGGCAAAGGCAAGCGGCCAGCGCCUGAGCGGCAAAUCUACAAGACCGGCAAAGCGUGCCCGGCCCACAUGAUUGUCACGGAGACCUUGGACAGGGUGCUGGUGACGUUCUACAAGACCCACGUGGGGCACGGCCCUUGCCCGUAUUUCGAGCCGCGCGAGCCCAAAAAAUUGAAAACUGAAACGUUGGUCUCCCAUUGCGAGUCUAACGAAGACCCGAACGAUAAUGGCGGACAUUCCUGGAUCUGUGACACGUGCGGUAUUGAGUUUUACGACGGCGGAGAGUUCAACAUGCACGUGGCAGGUCACGGGCUGAGCAUAUCGUGUCAGUUUUGCGGUGAGGACUUCCAAGACAUGGAGACUUGGACCCACCACAUCCAGAGCCAGCAUAGCAUUGGAGGGUGUUACAAUUAA